AUGCCAUUGUCACAAAAUUAUGCCACCUUCAUCUUCUUAACCUCACUUCUCAUACUUGUACAUUAUGCAGCUACAGAUUGGGUGAAUCAUGGUGGAGAUAUAGCCAACCGGAGAUAUGCCGCCGACGAGUUUCUGAUCAACCCUUCCACCGUGCACAAACUCAGGCUAAGAUGGCGGUUCUUCACCGGAAAUGACAUAUCUGCGACUCCUGCCGUCGCGAAUGGAGUCGUGUACUUCCCGUCAUGGAACGGGUUCUUGUAUGCGGUGAAUGCCUUCAAUGGUGCUCUUAUAUGGAAACGGAAUCUCACGCAAUUGACGGGCUUGCCAGGAACCGGAACUUACAUGAACGUAUCCGUCUCCAGAGCCACUCCGGUUGUUGCUAGUGAUCUUUUGUUAAUCGGAAUUUAUGGGCCUGCAGUUGUGAUUGCCGUCACUCGUGCCUCCGGAAACCUUCUUUGGUCAACUACAAUCGACCCCCGUCCUCUCGCCCUCAUCACUGCAUCCGGAACCGUUUAUUCAAGGGGAUUUUAUGUGGGAGUGUCGUCUUUGGAAGAAACGCUAUCUGCUGAUAAAUGUUGUACAUUUCGGGGGAGCCUGGUGAAGCUAGACAUCCGAUCGGGAGCGAUUCAGUGGCAGACAUACACCGUUCCGGAUAAUGGCGGUCGGCUCGGCAGUUUUUCGGGGGCAGCCAUAUGGGGAAGCAGCCCGGCCAUCGAUGUUUCAAGGGGAAUCGUUUAUGUGGCCACCGGUAACCUCUACACAGCCCCACCUGAGGUGUUGGAAUGUCAAGAGAAGCAGAACAAUCAAACUUCGAAACCCACCCAACCCGAUCAAUGUACCGGGCCCGACAUUAGGUUUAAUUCGAUAAUUGCUUUUGAUAUCAAUUCAGGACAAGUUAUAUGGUCUCGACAACUAGGGGGUUUUGAUAUUUUCUAUUUCGCAUGUUUGGUUCCGAAUAAUCCCGAUUGUCCACCUGGACCUAACAUCGACGCUGAUUUUGGAGAGGCGCCCAUGUUGCUCACGAUUUAUUCAAAUGGAACGACGCGUGAUAUUGUCGUGGCUGUACAAAAGAGCGGCUUCGCUUGGGCUCUAGAUCGUGAGAAUGGCGAGAUUGUUUGGUUCAAGCUUGCAGGACCAGGAAGCAAUGAGGGGGGAGGGAUAUGGGGUGCAGCCACAGACGGAAUAAGGGUCUACACCAACAUAGCCAACGGUGCACGGGUGCAAUUCACCCUUGCACCGACCAACCAGACCACGAGCGCAGGUGCAUGGGUGGCUUUGGAUGCAAACAAUGGCCAGAUCUUAUGGACCACGGCUGACCCAAGCAACAAUGCGGCUGAAGGACCGGUGUCAUUGACGCGGGGUGUUUUGUUUGCAGGAUCAGUGGCCCCGAAUGGGCCGCUGUAUGCGAUGGAUGCCAGAACAGGGAGCGUGUUGUGGUCGUACAACACCGGAGCCACCAUAUAUGGUGGAGUAUCGGCAAGUUAUGGUUGUAUAUAUGUAGGGCAUGGGUAUACCGUUGGCUUGGGGAAAUUUCAUCCUUGGACUCGUGGCAAUUCACUCUUUGCCUUUUAUAUCUUUUAA